UAAAUGGAGCCCAUCGCAAGAUGUCGCUUCUAGACUUCUGUCGAUUUUUUGCGUGGAAGUGAUCCUAUCGAGCUAUGAGUGGGAGCAGAAUGGGCGUCGAUCCGUCGGUGGCAGUAGCGGGCGCCCGGAGGACCCUACGCCGCCUAGGUAACGUACUUUGAUGCUGUAUUACCUUCAAAAAACCUUUCUUAUGUCACAGAACUUGAAGCUUAUGCGUCGGUAAUGACAGCCUUUAGAGCCCAGGGGCCGCUGACUGGUGGUAAGAAGUGUUCCUUGGACCAACUUGGAAAGCUACUGGGGAUAUCCUCAGAGAGACACAGAGCAGAGGUGAGAAGAGCUGCAAAUGAUGAACUACUAUCUGCCAUUGCAAGUUGUGUGUGCUCGGCCGAUUCAGAGGAGAUGUGGGUGAGAGAGGGACAGAAACUGGCGUCCACAAAUCCCCGAUUCGUUGCCCGACAGCUCUCUCAUCUUCCUCACCUCCUGACGUCCGCCACGGUCAGCAGUGCACUCAGCCUGCAGACCGGGCGAGCCGAUCCGGAGCUGCGAAAGAACACGUCCACGCAGGUCCAGAACGUGCUAAAGUACAUCAUCUCUCAGAAUCCACUAAAUUCCGUCACGACGGCCGGUGUGAAGCAAGCGCUCGGGAAAAUAUCCCUCCCAACAAGUGCGGGUAAGACCCUAGUGAAAUCGCCAUCAAAAUCGUCAGCCUCGAGUGAAAUUUCAGCUUCUGUUACGACCACCUCGAUUCAACCGUCCUCUUCUACCCCAUCCACCACUAACACAUCUUCUCCCUCGACUGCAAGUCAGAGUAAAACGCCAGUAAAAGAAGAAAAACUUUCGCCCACUGGAAAUAAAGACAUCGCAUUGUCACCCUCAAUGGCAAGAGGGGCGUCCUCUACUGGGAGGCACUCCGUGCACACUCCAGAGAAAGUGGUGAGUGGGAAACAGGGCAAAGGCGUUACUGGAGCGAAAUCGCCAAUGUUGGUCGGACUGCUGGAAGUCAGGAAGACCGUUGGUGAGAGCUCUCACGAUGCAGUUAUCACGUCACAGUCGGAGGGGGGAGACGGCAAGGGAGACGGCAACGGUGAUGAUGUCGCCACUCUGGAUGAGGAGAAAAUGAAUGAAGUUGAAAGUAAGGACGAGGAAAAGAUGGAGGAGGAGGAGGAGACAGGUGGAAAAACGAAGGUGGAUGAGAAGCAGGGAGAGAAGGCAGCAGAUGGAAAAGAUUCUGCGCAUAAAAUAGGUGGAGUGGCGACGAAAGAAGAUGGAAUUCAGCCUCAAAUGAAAGAAACAUGUCAAACAAAAGAGAUUAUUGCUGAAGAGGAGGAGAAAGACCGAGUCAAAACAGGAGGAACAAGAGGAGAGAAAGAAGGAAGAGGAGGAAGAGAAAAUGGAUAUUCAGAGUUCUCCAAUCUCAGAGGAUGGGAAGAAGAGUGUGAGAGAGAAAGUUCCUGAGUCGGGGCUUGUGUGUGAGGAGGUUAUGCCAGUAGCCGCCGCACCUGCUAGAGACAUCAGUUCUGGAGCAGCUACAAAUCCAUCUAUCUUGCUUCCACUUUCGUCCUCAGCAGCUGCUGCAGAUCCAGCUCUUCUACCUCCAUCUUCAUCGUCGGCAGCUACAGAUCUGGCUGUCGAGCCACCAUCUUUAUCCACAGAUCCAGUAAUUUUGUCCCCGUGUCCGUUCUCACUUGCUACCAGUCCACCUUCGUCCUCGGUAGCUACAAAUACAGCCAUCAUACCCCCGCCUUCGUCCUCGGUAGCUACAAAUACAGCCAUCGUACCCCAACCUUCGUCCUCGGUAGCUACAAAUACAGCCAUCGUACCC